AUGGAGAAGCUGAGGAAAUUGAGCAUGCAAAGUAGAGCUUCUGCUUGGAACGUGAAGAGGUUGGUUAACUAUGUUAGGUCUUUUGGCCUGUCCACCAUUUCUAGGAGUGUUGAUGAAUUUGGGACAAUGGAGAUUACUAGUGAAUGGGAGGCAAGAAAUUGUGCCAAGAUGAUCUUCAAGAAUGUUGCUAAACCGGGUGCCAAGUAUAUUGAAGAGGAAGAUCUCAUGAGAUUCUUAACCAGAGUUGAAAUUCACACCAUAUUCCCACUUUUUGAAGGUGCCCUUGAGACAGGGAGGAUCACAAAAUCAGCUUUCAGAAAUUGGGUGGUUCGUGCAUAUUAUGAGAGAAAAUACUUGGCACAUUCCUUGAACGAUACAAAAACAGCAGUGCAUCAACUUCACAAGCUAGCAAGUGCAAUCGUGAGUGUGAUCAUUAUUGUGGUGCUCGUCCUGGUGAUGGGAUUGGCAUCAACCAAAGUUGUAGCCUUCAUCAUAACGCAGCUUCUUCUCCUGGGAUUUACAUUCCAGAACAUGUGCAAGACUGUUUUUGAGUCCAUUGUCUUCGUUUUUGUCGUGCAUCCUUUUGACAUUGGAGACAGGUGUGUGGUGGACGGCGUUCAGAUGAUUGUGGAAGAGAUGAACAUCCUGAGCACAGUUUUCCUUAGGUAUGACAACGAAAAGAUCUACUAUCCCAACUCAGUUUUGAUCACUAAGCCAAUUAGCAACUUCUAUAGAAGUCCAGAAAUGGGCGAUACCGUUCAAUUCACCAUUGAUCUCUCCACACCUAUGGACACCAUUGUUGCACUCAAGAAGGCCAUACAAAUAUAUAUAGAAAGCAAACCAAAGUAUUGGAACCCAAAGCAUAGUGUGAUAGUGAAGGAGAUACAAAAUGUGGACAAGAUGAAAAUGGCACUUUGUGUACAACACACAAUCAACCAUCAAAACUUUGGUGAUAGAAACAUCCGAAUUACAGAGCUUAUGUUUGAGCUGAAAAGGAUUUUUGAGACCCUCAAUAUUAAGUAUCAUCUUCUUCCACAAGAAGUCCUCCUCACUCAAGUCAGCAUGAACAAUUGGAGGAUGCCAACACAUUCUUAA